AUGGGCUCUCUUCACCCACCCCCGGCAACCGUCAUUAUCAUAUGGCAAAGGUUCAUCGACAACAUCGAUCCGCUUCUAAAACUAUUCCACAUCCCGUCUCUCCAAAGGCAGAUAGUGAACGCGAUUAGAGCAUUAGAUCGUGUGGAGCCUUACGCAGAAUGUCAAAUGUUUGCAAUCUACUAUUGCACUAUUGUCGAAAUGUCUCAAGAUGACUGUCAAUACAUCUUGGGCGAGCAGAAGAAAGCACUUCUUGAUAGGUACCGGGCUGGCGUUGAAGCUGCUUUGGCACGUGUAGAUCUUUUAAACUCACCCAACAUCGCGAGUCUACAAGCAUUCGUUUUGUAUCUCUCAUGUGCGUCGCGAGACGAUCAAGGCCCGGAUGCACAUACCCUUAUUGGCGUGGCGAUACGAAAUGCAAUCCGACUCAAACUCCAUCAUCACGGAACCGCUCUCAGCCGCUCACCCUUCGACGCAGAAAUGCGCCGGCGGCUAUGGUGGCAUCUAUGCGUCAUAGAUGUCUGCAUGGCAGCGGAGCAUGGCACGGAACCCAUCAUCCUGGAAAAAUCUUUCAACACUCCCUUUCCAUCUAAUGUGAAUGACUCGAUGCUGGACCCGGAUGGGAAAGAACUUCCUGCCAGUCUGACUGGGAAGAGCGAGAUUUUCUUCACUCUGCUCCGAUUCGAGAUCUGUUAUUUUGCACGCCAGAUGAUUUUUUCGGAGGAGUUUUGUCGGUAUAACUCGUAUGCCAUACUGUCGAAGAUCGAACAAUGCGAAGCUAUUGAUGCUUUUCGAUCGAGAAUUGAGUCGCAAUAUUUGGCUCGUUUUAACACUAUUACUGCUUUCGAUGAUAAGGUCAUUAUUGCUGUAAGGAGUACUUUGGACAGUAUCAAACGACUGGCUGGUGAUUCAAGUGCUGCAAUACCGCUUGCUGGCGUCAAGCUUGAUCUGCGAGAGGUUUUUUGCGAUAUUCGGUAUCAGGAAAGUUGA